UCACCACUAGACGAAGGACUCCUGCGGGAACCACUCUCAGUCUUCUCAGUGACGUCUUCUUAUCGCCCCAUUCCUAUCCCAGUGUCCUCGGUUAUCCUUAGGGCUCUGUGACAUAUUAGUUUAGUGCAAAUUUUAUUUUUGUGUUUAAUUGUGAGAUCCAGAAAAUGGGAUAGAAUUGCCUAAUGCUGCGGAAAAAGCUCUUUGAGUGCAGCUUUCUGAAAGUGAUUGAGAGAGAGAGAGAGAGUGUGUAUAUAAAAAGUUUAGAGCAACAGUUAACCCAAAGUGCAAGACACCCCCUAAAAUCACCUUGAAAAUUUAAUGAAAGCGUGAGGAGAAAUGAUUACCUGAGGAGAAGUUAAAAAAAAAACAUCAGAAUUGUGGUUGAACCUUUCUCUGUUGGAGAUGCAUUAAAUUUCACCGCUUUCAUCAUCGUAAAUUCAUGGUGCUAGUUAGCUCAAAAUAAAAAAAAGGUGCACAGAAGCACACGGUGAUUUGGUGAGAAUGUGAAAAAUUUGGGACUAUACAUAGUGCUGUGAAAGAAAAGUGUAAGAUGAGUGGUCUGGGACCAGCAGCGUGUUGGUUAGCACACAAGCGACUGGAAUCUUGGAGAUCUCUUGUGAGAUCGAAGGAGCGUGCAAACUCCGUACGACAAUCAGAGACCAGUGAGGAAGACCUCUCACUGGGAUCACCCAAUCCAGCCUCUUCAUCGCAAAAUAACUCAAUCAGUGAUUCGCAAAAUGACUCAAAUUCAUCACUUGAGUUGCCAGAAAAUGAUUGUGCUGUGUCCAAAGAAUCGCAUGCGGUACAGCCACCAAUCGCCGUUCCUGGCCACACAGUGAACAUGGAUGUAAUGAGGGGUUCAAUGGAGAUGGCCCCGAGUCCUGUCCACCUGCAGCAUCAGAGCAAAUCCUUCCCACCGAGACUUACUAGGACACCAUCUGUGUCUAGCCAGAGUAGUUUAGAUAGUGCUCCUUCAAGAAAUUCCGGUCACCGUGGGUCAUCCCCUCAAAUUCGUGCUUUUGCCCCAGAUGGACGCUCUACUUUACCUGGCGAACAUACUCCUCUACAGUACUCUCGAUCACCCAGUCCUAUGAGAGCUAUUAGUCUCGAUGCUCGUUGCUCUUCAGUAGUGGCAACUGAACCUGAUAUGCGUACAUCAAGCCCUUCUCAAUGCAGUCUAGUGUCUCUGGCCAGUGGCAGUACUAGUGGAAGUGCAGCAUGUCUUACGCCCAAAAUCGGACGAUGUUUGUCUCCUCUAAUGAUCCCACCGCGUACACCAGUUGGCGUAGAAACCGGAUGUGGACCCGCAAGUCCACUUGGUGCUCUGCAACCAGAUCUCUACACUCGUCAAGAUGGACCUAUCUAUCUAACAGGUCCAGACAGCACUCAGGCUUUAGGAAGGAUUCACCUGCGCCUUAAAUACGAUUCGAAUUUGUUUGAUCUGGCGGUCCAUUUGAUUGAGGCACAUAAUCUUUGUCCAAGUGAGAGUGGUGGCUUCAGGGAUCCAUAUGUUCGACUGUUUCUGCUUCCGGAAGUGGAUCAGCGCAAGAGACAAACAGCUAUCUUUCGAGGAGACAGCAAUCCUUACUUUGAUCAGCAUUUUAAAUUUCCAGUAUCGAGAGAUCAGUUGCAAGGAAAGGAACUGAUGCUUCAAGUUCUAGAUUACGAUCGAUACAGUCACAAUGAUGUUGUGGGCGAAGUGAAGAUUAUAAUUGACGAGUUGGAUCUGUCCAAGAGCGUGGAGAUCUGGGGUGAUUUACUGAAGGGAAAGAAACCCCCAGAGGAGCGUCCUGAGCUUUUAGUUUCUCUGAACUAUCUUCCACAAGCUGAAAGGCUAACAGUGGUAGUGAUGAAGGCUAAGAAUCUUGAUACUGUGCAAGAGCCGUAUGUUAAGCUCUAUCUGAUUCACAAUGGGAAGCGCGUGAAGAAGAAGAAGACUGGUACAGGAAAGUCUAAUGAUCCUCAAAACCCCAUCUGGAAUGAGGCUUUUACAUUUAACAUUCCACAAUCAAAUAUUUCAGCUGCUGCUGUGGAGAUGUACGUAGUAACUACGGGAGGGGAGGCCAAUGCUGUUGGUAGCUGUGGAAUCGGUCCCCAAGAAAGUGGUCCAGGAAGGCAACACUGGCAGGAUAUGAUAAGAAAUGCAAGGAAACCAAUGGCGAUGUGGCACUUUAUCAGAUAAAUUUAAAGAUAUCUCCUGGUAUUAGAGAUGAAUUUGGUAUGUUGAAAUUUGGCAGGUACCGCCCAAAAACUUUCUGUAAAAUUAUACAAAAUGCUCAACUGUUUUUUAGUGAAAGUUUUAGGACAUUUUUUUUUAGAUUAAUUAUAGAAAAAUAGCACAAUCAUUGGAGGCCUAGUGACCCUCUGAGCAGCAUGAAGAAACGAAAAUGAAUGUCUCCUAUUAGAAUGUAAAAAUCAUUCCUGCAAGCAAAAUAUCAAAAUUCCGAUCUUGGAUUUAUUGGUAAUUAUUAUGGAUUAAUUAUGGAUCAUCAGAAAAUGCUUGUUGCAGUUCUUGCCAAAGAUAUACAUCCAAUUUUUUAAACAGUUGAGUGAGUACAAACGUGGACAAGAAUUUGUUAUGUAUGUGUUGUUAUGUGCUGGAAAAAUACCAAGUCAGUGUUACUGUAAUUAGUGUCCAAGGAGAAGAAAUCAUAUAUUUACAAAAUAUUUGAAAAUGGAAAAGAAAUAUAAUAUAUUUAUCUAAUAAUGAGAAAAACAUUUUAUGACAAAAACUAAUAAACAAUAUUAAUAUGCAAAUAACAAUGAGAAACAACAAAAUCUUAUGAAGAAAAACCAAACAAAAAAUGAAUGAAAUAACAAAUAAAUAUCCUGUAUAAAUGAAAAAAAAAUCAUAUAAAAAGAUGUCUGUUAUAUUUUAGUAGUUCAAAAAGUCAAAAAGCUACAAUAAGACAAUGUCCCACCUCUUCAGAUGACUUUUCUUUCUUUGAAAAAAAAAGAGCCAAACAUUGAAAUUAUCACUAUGAAAAUAGGUUUCUGUCGGUUGCAUUUCAAAUUGAUGCCACGUGGUUUUGAUUGUAUAGGGAGCGUCUGGAAAUUUUACACAUUAUCUAGGGAAUUUCACAGAGAAAAAUUAUCGAAUUAUAAAAAAAAAGAAAACAAAACAUGAAUUUUAAAUCAAUAAAUAUUAUAUACUUGUCACAAAAAAUGAAUGUCCAGUGGAAAUAUUAUAUAAAUUAUAAUAAAAAAAACUAUUUUGUAUGUGUAACAAAAAUAUUACCUUAAAAGGAUUUAUGUGUUUCAGUAAGAUUUCACUCUAUUCUGGACACAAUUCUAAUCAUAAAAAUUAGUGAUAAGCCUGUUUUAUUUAGCUUAUGAUAGGUGAGAUUCUUAAUAAAUAAAAUUUCAGACUAAUAUGAUUAGAAUUUCAUUUUUAGAUAAACUUGAGGAAUAUAAAAUAAGCAUAUUAAUCAAUUUUUGGAACAAAUACAAUUUUUUUUAUAUUAAAAUUAAUAUUUAAAUCUUUAGGGACUUUUUCACAAAAAUUGGGCUUUAGACGUAAUAUUUGACUAAAAAUUCGUGUAUACAAAGACAAAUCGUGGGAUGUUAACUUCUUUAACUCAUGGUAAAAGACUUUAUCAAAAUUUUAGCUUCUUCUUCUCGAAUUUAGCGGAAACUUUAUGCUCUGCACAAUUUUUCCGGUGUUCGUCAGAUAAGUUUUCCUAUUUCAAAUUAAAAGAACACUUUGGUAAAAAUAAAAGAAUCAAAUUGAUCGUUUUGCAAAGAAUUUAUCAAAUUAACAUGUUCUAUGAAAAAUGUCUAUUCAGAGUUUGAAAGUUGAUCCAUCCUUUGGUAAAGGAUCAAAUUUGGAUCAAUUUGAUCCUUUUAUUUUAACCAGUGAAUAAGGUUUUCUGCAAAGCUUUCGACCCUUGGUGUGGGCGUAUUCUUCAGUGGAUCAAUUUAAAAACUUGUAAAUAUUUGAAAAACGUCUAAUAUCUGAUUAAAACUAUGCAUUGCCAUAUUCGCACAUUCCCAGAAUUAUUCAGUAUUUUAGUAAUUUUUAACUCUUUUUGAUAUUUCUUGUUACUCUAUUAUUUAGAUCUCUUACUAUCGAGAUUACGGGUAGAUAAAGCGAUAGUGAGAGACCCAAUUCGUAGAGUCACAAGAAAUAUCAAAAAGAGUUCUAAAUUAUACUAAAAUAGUGAAUAUCUCCGGGAGUUGAGACCGAAUGUGGCGAUGCGUAUAGUUUUUAUCAGACGUUAGACGUUUUUCCAAAUAUUUAAAAAUUAUUAAACGACCCACUGAAGAAGAUCCACACCAAGGAUUGAAGGUUUUGGAGAAAAACCCUAUUUUUUAAAUUUGAAAGAGGAAUAGGGGAGACUGGGGCAAAAAGUCACAAAACGGAUAUUUUAUUUUUUUACAAUCUACUCGAGCGCUUCAAAAAUUUCUAAUUAGCGCAGUUUUAUAGGAAAUUUACCGCUCUACAACUUUGUGAAAGUAAUAUUCCUCUAUUUUGUAAGAAAAUAUGUUUAUCGAGCCAAUUUCUAAAAGGUAAUUUUGUGACUAUGCUCAAAAAUUCUGGGGCAAAUAGUACCAGACAUAGGGUAUUAUCAUAUUUUAAUUCGCUUCAUUACGGGCUUCCGUAAAUUUGAAAAAAGACCUAGAAAACAUAUUUUUAUAGAAAAGUUAUUCAUGUACACCUUUGUAAAACACCGUUUUCUCUACGAGAAAAGUGAGAAAACGAGAAAAGUGCUUUUCAAGCUAUUUUAGAAAAACACACACACACAAAAGACAGCAAAUCGUUUGUCCAAUGCAAACAACAAGCGGCGAGACAUGGUAAUGACAUUUCUUUUCGCCGUGAGACAUCAGCAAUUGCUUCGCUUUUUUGUUACUUUUUGCUCUAUACCUUUUGUUACUUUUUACCCCAAGUGGCCAUUUUUAAUAAAAGGAUUUCUGGAGAAAAGAACUUUUAUAAAAUUCUAAAAUAGAUAGCGGAUUCAUAAUUAAAAAAAAUCCAAAUUAUUUAGGAAAUAUUCACCAGUGCAUCAAUUUUGGAAAAUAAGUGGGUAAUAAUCGUUAUCUUCUGCAAGGAAAAUAUUUCAAAAAUAGGGCUAAAAACUUUGAUAUUUUUUAUUUUCUAAAUUCCUUGUUCAAAAUCUAAGAAACUUACGACAUUGAAGAAGGUCUAUGGCGGCUAUCUAUAGAAAAAAAUUUGAGCCGCUAUCUUUUUUAUCUUAGAAGAUAUUGAAUUUUGAAUUUUUUGAUUUGUGAAUUUUUGCCCCAGUCUCCCCUACUUAUCUGACGAACACCGGAACAAUUGAGGAGAGCAUAAAAUUUUAGCAAUUGGAACUAAAUGGGAAAAGGAUAUUAUGAAAAUUAAGAAUGGUUUGGAAGUGGAUAUGAUACUGUCGUCUUGAGACGUUUAACCGAUAACAAAAUUUUGUUGAAAACUGUAAUUCGAUGUCUCUUUUCAAUAUUUUCUCGGACUAAGAAAAUAUAAACAUUUUUAAUGAAUAACCUAUUAUGAUCUAUGCAUGUCAGAGCAUUUCUUCAACAGCUAAGAAAAUUGAAUUGUAUUUUCGGUUUUUCUUUUUUUUUAAAUAUUUGGAGUAAAAAGCACAGUGCAGCAGGUUCUAGGAAAAGUUAAUCAAUUAAUAUAGAAUUUUACAAAUUCCCUAUACGUGAAAUUAUUUAGAAUCUCACCUACCAUAGCUAUAAAAAAAACUUUCAAAGAAUAUACUUAAUGAAUUGAUUUCUAUGUGGCCUACAAUACUUUUUAAAAGAUCUAUUAAUUGAAUGAUGUAUUUAAAUUCUUCCAAAGAAAAAAAAACAGAACAAUAUCUUCAUCUUACAUCUAUUAUAAAAUAAAUUUAAGAGAACAUUUUUUAUGUGGAGAUAAAAGAAUGGAGAAUCUUUUAUAGGCUAUAUAUUACUGUACUAUUUUUGCAAAUUUUUGUCUAUAGUUAUAUCAAAAAGAAUUUCGAAAGAAAAAUAAACCUAUCUAUGAAUGAUCUAUACCAUUCUGUUACGCAAAUACACAAUGAAUAAUUUGACGGUUGAGAAAAUGGGAAGUAAAGAAAACCUAAUCAAAUUAUCGACUGAAUAAUUAAAAUAUCUCUAUAGUAAUGUUAUAUACAAGUAUAUGGUGAGAGAUUUAUGAAAAGCUUAGAAUGACUUUUGAUUUUCUUUUCAAUCUCUUCAAUUUCUUAGAUACCGCAAUUAAAUACAACACAACAAAAAUCACACAGUAUGCAAGUAAAGGUUAAAUGUACCAAAAAAAAA